AUGUCAAAUGAUUCCACAUCAGGCGUGGCAGAGUACAAACGAUAUCGUCCAGCGCGAGGACUGCAGAUCAGCAAAACGAUUGAAAAAACGGAGAAGACGUUUGGCGAGAAAAGUCAGUGUAGCUGGCUACCGCUGAUUCGAAUUACGGCUUAUGAGAGCGAUCAGAAGUGUUUGAGUAGUGAUAAAUUGCCUAAAGAGGAGAACAUGAUAGAGUAUUACGACACUUCAGCGGCAAGUCGCCAGAACGAUGGAUUUCGAUGGACGGGUUUUUCUGUUCAAGAAAAUCUCACCGACGCUGCCCUGGCCGCUCAACGAACUUCUGACAUGUCAUGUAUUUGGUGCCAAUGGCGAUUUCACAAUGUUGACGUGCUGCGCAAAGACUUCGUCAUCCUGUGCAUUCGUCCUUUAUCCGAUGCGUCUGUCGUCAGCGACAUGAAAUUUUCCGAAUUUGAAGUGUCGUUAUUGUCAUUUCAAGUUUUCACCGGUAUUGUCAGUCGAUACCACGUUCUGGUCGCAGAAGAUACAAUGAACGAUAGGAAUCAGCUGAUUAAGAUCCCAAAACAAAUGCUGGAAAUGUGCAACGAAAAAGGCUUCCGUCGUAUUUACUGCUCAAAUGCGGAAUACAGACAUUCGUUGCAUGUUCUGCAGUAUCUUAAAAAAUCAGUUGGGGAAGGUUGGGCUUCACUUCUGAAGCUUCAUUGCGUAGAAGAUUUGUUUCAGCUUCUUUGUAAGUGGCACGGCAUGAAAGUGCCAGAAAAUACCCUCAAUGCAUUCAAUUUCAUCUCUUCCAUCAAGUUUCCGUCGGAACUGAAAUUCAGCGUGGCCUGCCCCCAGCAUGGGACAGGCUGUGAAUCGUAUUUUUUCACCUCAUUGCUAGCAGUGUUGCUGCCAGACAGUCACCUCAGCUGGAAAUCAGUGACGAAAGACAUGCUGCGAUGGGAUCCACUGGCUGCCGCAAUGGAAACUGCAGUGCAGGAACAGCAGAGAAUUCAUCGUAUCGAUAGCAGUAGCGAUGAAAUCAGCACGAAAUUUGCUAGAUUGGUUAUCGGCACCGGCGACAAUGAUAACUGUCCUGAAUAUGCUAGAAUAGCUACUCAUGUAAUCCGUCGUUGUGAAAGCCCCAAGAUAUGGACUUCAUUUCGCCAGUCGAACAACCUCACAUCUCCUUAA